AUGCCACCGGUGCAAUUUGUCCCGUUGUUUCCUUACAAGCCGGUUUCUGAUGUUCCCCCACUUCCUCCUCCUCUCCCCUCCACUGUGGUUAAGGAAAAACUGAGUGCUUUCUUCCUCACUCUGCAUCCCCCAUUCCUCCCCCCACCAGCCUCCCGCCCUCUUCCCCAUGCUCUUAUCUCCCCGUUGCUUUUCUCCGCUCACCUUUCCCCCCUCGCGUUGCCUCCGAAGGUGUACGUGCAGGACGGCAUGGGCGCGGAUCUGCGCCUGCGCAUCCCGGGGGGCGCGUCCCCCAUCCUGGACCCGCAGAUCUCCCCCGACGGCUCCGCCAUCGCGUUCGUGCGCGACGACGAGCUCUUCGUCGUCUCCACCACCGCCGGCGCGCCCCGCCAGCUCACCUUCGGCGCAAAGGAAGCCAACAAGCUAUUCGUCGUCUCCACCACCGCGGGCGCGCCCUGCCAGCUCACCUUCGGCGCAAAGGAGGCCAACAAGGUGCGGCUGAGUUCCGGGGGUAGAGUGCUCGGCGCAAAGGAAGGGCAGGAGGAGAUGGAGCGGCGAAGUGGCUUCUGGUGGGCGCAUGACAGCACGCGCAUCGCCUUCACGCAGACAGACGCCUCUGCUGUGCCGCUCUUCCGCAUCCCCCACUGCACCCGCCCGCCUGUGGGGGUGGACUCCGAGGAAGAACAUGCAUACCCCUUCGCAGGCCAGGCAAACGUGAGCGUGAGGCUCGGGGUCGUGCCCGUGGCUGGCGGCGAGGUUCGGUGGAUGGAUCUGCAUUGCGGCUUGGCAGGCAGCAGCUUUGGGCAGGUGGUGGCACAAGACAGUGGGGUGUUUCAGCAGGGAGAAGCAGCAAGGACAGUGGAUAGCACACACGAGGGUGAUGCAGGGACCCUACCUGGAAGGGACGCUGGGGAACCAGCACUGCCUGAGAAGGAAGCGAGUGGGAUUGCGACUGCUGGCAGUAGUGGCAGUGGCAAUGGCACUGCCACAGCUGCUACAGCCGCUACAGCUGCUACAGCCGCUACAGCUGCUGUAGACGAUGAUGACGAUGAUGAGGAAUACCUAGCGCGCGUGUCAUGGCUCCCAGACGGGCGUCUGUCCGCGCAGGUACAGAACCGCAGGCAGACUCGCCUCAAACUCCUCCGCUUCGACCCCAACACAGGCAGCAGGGACCUCGUUCUUACUGAGUCCAACCCCCUCUGGGUGAACCUGCAUGACUGCUUCACCCCCCUGGUGAAAUCCGGAGGGGAGCUGCGCGGGGGUUUCCUGUGGGCGAGUGAGCGCACGGGGUUCCGGCACUUGUACUUGUAUGCGGGGUCGGGGCGGUGUGUGGGGGCGGUGACGGCGGGGGAGUGGAUGGUGGAGCAGGUCGCGGGGUUGGAUGAGGGCGCUGGGCUGGUGUAUUUCACUGGGACCAUGGAUAGCGCGUUGGAGAGUCAUUUGUAUGUGACUAAGUUGUUUGGGGGCGUGGAGGGGGGAGGAGGGGGUGCUGGGUUGGGGCCUUUGUUGGGUGCGGAGAAGCGUGACGCGUUUUCUCGUUAUGAGCAGCAGCAGCAGCAGCAACACGUGGUGCCGAUGGUGUUAGAUUCGGUGCAGCCCACCGCAUCAUCAUCCCCAGCAGCAGCAGCAGCAGCAGCAGCAGCAGCAGCAAUAGGAACUGCAGCAGGAGUAGCUCCACCAGGUCGACCUGGUUCAAACCCAUCACCACCACCACUAGCAACAGCAGCAGCACCCGCAGCAGCAGCAUCACUCCACCCACCUCCCUCCUCCCUCGCCGCCCUCUCGUCCUCUCUGCCGCCCGCCCGCCCCAUCCGCCUCACCCAGGGCCCCGGGCGGCACCUGGUGGUGCUGGACCACAGCCUGCAGCGCUUCGUUGACCUCGUUGACUCGCUAGACUCGCCGCCCGCCGUGCGCCUCUGCUGCCUGGCGUCGGGGCGAGUGCUGGCGGUGAUCUUCCAGCAGCACUCGCCCAACCCCCGCGUGCAGCGCCUGCAGCUCCGGCCUCCCGAACUCGUGGAAGUGACUGCUGCUGAUGGCACCACCCUGCACGGGGCCAUCUACCGCCCUGACCCGGCCAUCUUUGGCCCGCCUCCCUACCGCACGGUGGUGAGCGUCUACGGGGGCCCGCACGUGCAGACAGUGUGCGAGUCGUGGCUAUCCACAGUGGACAUGCGCGCCCAGUUCCUGCGUGCUCGAGGCAUGCUGGUGUGGAAGCUUGACAACCGGGGCAGCAGUCGCCGUGGGCUGGCCUUUGAAGGAGCCAUCAAGUGCAACAUGGGCGGCAUUGAUGCUGACGACCAAGCGGCCGGCGUCCGUUGGCUUAUCCAGCAGGGCCUCGCCGACCCAAACCGGAUCGGGAUUUACGGGGAAGCUGCUGCUGGUGCAUGGGAUGAUAGACGAAAAUGUGCAUUUCAGGCACUCGGUGCGGCUGGUGCAGGCACUUACUACUGCUGCUAA